AUGAGCUUUGAACGUUAUCAUCCCUCUAAGUCAAAUUUUGAACCUGAUAACAAUCAUUGCAAUCACAAUGGGAGCAAUCAUGUGCGUUUGAAAUAUGCUCCCAUAAAAAUUAUUUAUAACAAAGUAGGAGAUUGCGAGGAGGAAAGAAAAUAUCCUGCCUUAAAUUUGCGUUUCUAACUAGUUGAUGAAAUCACAGUAAAAUUAUUAAAUAAAUUAGAAUCGUUAAGACCCUACUGUAACUAUUCCUCUAAGUUUUCUAUAAUAAUUAAUUCAAUAAGCCUAUUCAAAUAAAUAAUUGAGAACAAUCAACAAUCCAUCGAUUCGUAUUGAAGAAAAUAGGAACGACGCAGUGGAAGAGUUAAUAAAAUAAAUUGAAAUCUAAUAAAAGGGAAUUUAUCCAAUUGAUGGUAUUAUAAUAUUAUUAUAUUUUAUAACAGAGGAAAAAAAAGUUUAGAACUUACUUUUAGAAAAUCAUAUGAAUUUUAUGCUUGAGAAUGAUGAAGCAAAAGAAAUGAUUGAUAAUUUCUUUUAAGAUAACUUAAACUUAAAACCACAUUUUUGGACUUGGCUAAAAUAAUUAGAAAUUAAAACCAUUCAAGACAUGUAUAUUCUUUGUCACUUUGAUCCAAAGGGUUAAUAAUGUCAGGAUAUGUUCAAAUUUUUAUUCUAAAAACUCUCUCUAGAAUUUUAUUCAAAACAUGCUUACGCUUAAAUAUUGCGAAGUGAUCUAUCAGAGAAAUUAAAAUAUUUAUCCUAAAUUGGAGAAAUUUUUAAUAAAAUUGCUAAGCCAUAAGAGUUUUAUUAUUUUAAAUCAAGAUGA